CUUUUACUUUUACUUUUACUUUUACUUUUACUUUUACUUUUUUGCAUUGCUAAAUUUUUCAAUUACCCACAAAAGACUUGAUAUUUCAAUUUGAAUACUUUUAUACACACACCUUCACACACUCUUACUUUAACGUACCACUAUAGCAACAGAAGCAUCAGGUUUUACUACUUUUUAUUAUUAUCUUGAUCAACAAAAAAACAGACACCAUGAGCAGUGACAACAGCAAAAACGACAACGACAACGAAAACCUAGACACGGAAGACGACCUGCUGGACAACGACAUUCUCGAUCUCGAUGCGUUCAACCAGCUACUCUCCAUGGACGACGAAGACGACGAGGACCACGAGUUCAGCCGCGACAUCAUCAACAACUACUUUGACCAAACAAGAACAACAUUCGCAGACAUGGACAAGGCAUUCCGCGCCAAGGAUCUCUCAAAGCUCUCUUCCCUCGGACACUUUCUCAAAGGCAGCUCGGCGACCAUUGGUAUUAAGAAAGUACAGGAGUGCUGUAAGCAUAUACAAUAUUUGGGAAAGCUGCAGGGGGCGGAGGGAGAGGGGACGGUUGAUAAAGAGGAGGCGCUAAGGUUGAUUGAGUGCGAAUUGAGGACGGGAAAGGAGGAGUAUCAGAAGGCAGAGGAGUUUUUGCAAUUCUUUUAUGAGGCUGACCCUGGGGAUGACGAGGACGACGAUGCUUGAGUCCGGCGAGUAGGAGAGGGGAAGGAGUGAUUUAUGCUUUGGUGUGCUUAUAUGCGCACACUCAUGGAUCCCAUUCUGGCUCCCUGCUCUUAUAUCCAAGAGAAAGAGACUUGCUUUUGCACUUACAUCUCCCAUCAUCUCCCUCUUCUUUCUGUCUCUCUCAUUUUUGUACACCUUAAAUUUUUUUGUACAGGAUUUUUUUCCUUAAUCAUUUUUCUUAAAGCAAUUAAAUUGUACCACACUCUGCUUUAAUUUCUCGCUUUUUUAUUUUGAGUGAAUCCCGAAAAGGAGAGGAUGGGGAUGAAAAUGCAACUAAAUUCAUCACGCUC